GUCUGCGAACGCUUCCUUCCAUGUGCAACGCUAAGCUCGCGGUUUCCCGAUCGUCAAACAAACAAGUAACAUCCUCGCGAAUUCUUCUGAAUGAUUUUUUGAAAAGAUUUUUUUUUUGGGUAGAAUUGAGAGUGUCAAUACUCAACUCCAAGAUCUGUACGACAAUUAGCCCAAGGUAGUGGCGGUGAUAAGUGAUAAGCACUGGUUGAACGCCGUGUGUGAAGCAGUUAAUUUUUAUGUUCUGUUCAGCUUUUUAGCUCAGUAGUGUCUAAUUGCACAGCAGUUUGUGCGAAUGAUCGAAGUCGUCAACUCGUGGGAGGUUGGAUCAAAAAGAGUCCUUACCGGAUCAUUGAGUGGCCUUCUACUAACAAGAGUGUCAGGGGGCACCUGCAGCAAAUCAAAGUGUUGUUACAAAGUGUCGUUGAUUACCGACCCAACUGACAUCCGGAGUGCUAUUUUACCCAGUUGGUGUUCAUGAACACCUCGUAGGAUAUUCGCGAUUUGUAGUUCCAACUACUUGAAUGAAACGGCACUACUUCGUCCAACAGAUGAAUAACCAACAGCAGCAGCAGCGAGGAACUCUGGACGGUGGCGUUUACGCCAUUACGCCGGUGGACCAGAGUUCCAAAGGGUUCGACGCCACGGAUGGUCCACCGGACUAUGGGAUCGUAAACAUUUAUCAAAAGUCAAGCCGUGAUUUGAAGGGCCUUGGAGGUGGCAAAAGCAUCUACCUUGACAGUGGUGACGAUAAGAGUGAUAGUGACAGUAAUGUGACUGCCGGCGGGGAUGGCGAUAGUGAUAUUAUUUCCGAGUACAUCGGCCACUACGGGUUGUGGCAGUUCUGUUGGACGUUUCUGCUGUGUCUGUUCCAAAUACCGACCACGUUCCACAUCUUUUGUCUGGUGUUCCAGGCAGCAUCCCGCGACUUUUGGUGCGCCCGUCCCGCCCACCUCCGGUCGGUUCCGGUGGACCUAUGGCGCAACCUGACGCAGCCCAACGGAGCGCAGUGUUCCCAGCUGAACGUGCCGUACGAGCAGCUGACCGCGGACGGGUUCGCCGGGUACUUUGCCUCGAUGAACGUGUCCGAGCAGUUCGAGCAGGUCAGCUGUGCGGCGUACGAGUUCGAUGGAACCAUUUUCGGUCAGACGGUCAUUGCCGAGUUCGGGCUGGUGUGUGACCGGGCCAGGAUGAUGAGUAUCGUGGAGAUGUGCUUUUUGGCGGGGGCCGCCAUGGGCAGUGUUGGCAGCGGCUGGAUUUCGGACCAGUUUGGCCGACGGCACACGCUGAUGUUCUUCGCGUUGAUUCAAGCCAUUACAGGUUUCCUUCUGGGCUUUGCCACCUCGCUGGAGCUGUACAUGGCCCUUCGCGUCAUCAUCGGCUUCGCCUCGAUGUCGGUGGCGGUGGUGAGUUUCGUGCUGGUCGUGGAACUCGUCAGUGGCCGCUAUCGGACCGUGGUCGGUAUCCUGAACAUCCUGCCGGUGGCCAUUUCGUACGUGCUGGCUGCGGGGAUUGCGUACUUUACCCGCGAUUGGCGGUUGAUGCAGUUCAUCAUUACGAUUCCGGGCGCGAUGCUGCUCAGCAUCUGGUACUGGCUGCCGGAGUCACCUCGUUGGCUGCUGGCCAAGGGCAGGAUCGAUGAGUUGAAGCUGAUCAUCGAUCGGGCAGCCAAAACGAACGGGUUCCGGCUACCGGAGGGAUACGAGAAGACGCUCGCCUCGCCGGAUCAGGACAGUGCCGAGGAGGUCGUGUCCAUCUUUGAUCUGUUCCGGAUGAAGUUCCUGCGGACUACGCUGGUCAUGCUGGUGGUUUGGUUUGGCAUCGUGCUGAUUUACUUUGGAAUUACGUUGCACCUGAGCAAUCUCGGAGGGGAUAUCUAUCUGAAUACGGUCCUUGCCGGCUCGGUGGAAUCGAUCGCAAUCUGCCUCAGCAUCGUGGUCGUGUUGAAGCUGGGAUUACGUGUUAAUUUAUUCCUGUACAUGGUCGUUGCCGGCAUCUCGUGCAUCGUGAUGAAUUUCGUCCCGGACGGCAAUCUCUGGGUGAUUAUCACGCUCGCAAUGAUAGUUAAGUGCGCCGUGGGAGCCUGUAACGCGAUUAUCCCGACGUUCACUGCCUACCAAUAUCCAACGACGAUGCGCAAUCUGGGAGUUGGCGCGGGAAACUUUGCUGCCGGGAUUGCCCUCAUCAUCGUGCCGUACCUCUGGCUACUGGAACACACUGACCAGUACCUGCCGAUUACGGUGAUGGGAGUGUUCAGCAUAAUCGGCGGUCUGUCGCUGAUCGUGCUCAAGGACAAGCUCAGCCAGAAGCACCGGCAACGGCAACGCAGCGGCAGUGGCAGCGUCUCCGGAAGUGUCGUCACGCGGUCCACCGACGAUGAGACGAGGCGCAUUGAGAAACACUUCCCCAGGGACCAAGCUGAAAAUGGAAUAAGCAACAUCGGAUUUGCGCAGAACGAGAGCAUAUUCCUCUGAAGAGGCCGUUGGACGACCGCAACGAUGAACGAUUUGAAUACCUUUUUAUGAUGAAAGAGUACAAGAAAACUUAAUUUUAGCAUGUCUAAUACGAGCAAAGUGAACGAAUUGAGUUUCGAGGAGCAGCAAGUGAAGAUGAGCAAUUGCUAAGCUGCGCGCGCCUAAUUCAUUCAGGUGCACCACCAAUUGGUCACGGUUGAAGCACGUGGCGUUAGCUAGGUGUAGAGUAACUCUAGGAUGUAUGUUCCACCAGUAGGUAAUGUGGACUGUAUUUUGGAACCGGCUAGCUGGUAAAAAAAACUCAUGUAAGGCACGACACCGGUCCCCUAGUUCUACGAAUGCAAAGUGAAAAAAAAGAUUACCGCUGACCACGUGUUGAACGCCAGCAGCUGAUAUUAUGACACUGCGGGCACUCAAUAAAGUGGGCCCACCCCUAGCGGAAGCUGAGCUCCCCGUAAUGGGUUUGGUGGUGUGAUAAUGAAGUGAAAUAGCUCUUUAGUUUUGUACAGUUUUCUUGAUUAGACACAUAGUGUAAGCAUGCAUUACAGGGCCUAGUAUAGUGCCGAAACCGGGCACGUAAUCACGACAGUAUUUACGAUAGUCGCAUGUAGGAAGCUAAGAUUUUCUAUUGUAGAUAUACACAUCCCUUUUUUAAACUGAUUACAACGAACAUUACAUUUA